AUAUUGGUCGUGGAAACCUCCGUGUUAAACAUACAUAUCUACCUACCAACACACACACACACAGCUUAUAAUUGUAACAGAAGAUCGCCACACUCUCCACCACCAUCUGGGCACAUGUGCUGCUCGGAGCUGAGCACUGUGACAGGCCGGCCCCCCCUCUCUCUCCGCAGGAUCAGCCAAUGACAGCUCCACUCCCACACACACACACGCGCGCUCUCUCUCUCUCUCUCCCACACGCACGCCUGCUCGCUCGCUCUCUCACACGCGUACGGAUUUCGCCUCUGGGUUGGGAGAGCUCCAAAACCCCGGGUUCGGCGCUCCGCAGCGGUUCGCUCCUCGUCCACAAGGCACUGAGACUCCCAGCAGUGGAAAGAACACACCUCUGUCAAGCAGCGGCCUUCCUCAGUGGUUCUCAAGACGUGCGUGGCCCAACGGCAGGAAUUUAGAGAAUCUUUAACGCUCAAGAUUGUGCCCCGACGGCAAACCUUAACAUCGCUGCGACCGAAAAGCCGUGCUGGAUUUUGUGACGUGAAUAGAGACGAAGCCAACCUGAGCCCUCCGCCUUGACCGCUCCUCGGCACAAGGCGGCGCGAGGGGUGAAGAGUUGAAAGUCAACAAAAAAGCAGGGCUGUGGCGUAAGGGCGGUCUACGACCGAGGACGGGAAAAAUAAACCCAACAACAACAACAACGUCUGAACUGCAAGACGCGCUGCACCGCGUACGGAUACAAACCUUGCAUCAGGCAGGCGAAUCGAUAAAAACAAAACAAUUAAAAAGGAGACCGAUGGCGAAUCCUUGGCGCGCCGUGAGCCUGGCGCUGGCGGCCGUGCUGGGGGCGGCCACGCUGGUCACCUCGCAGUGCCCGUCACGGUGCAUGUGCGAGGUGCGGCCCUGGUUCACGCCCAACUCCCUCUACCAGGAGGCGGCCACCGUCGACUGCAACGACCUGAGGCUCCGCGAGGUACCGCGGAACCUGUCGGAGGGCGCGCAGGUGCUGCUGCUGCAGAGCAACGGCAUCGCGGAGAUGGGCGCCGAGCUGGCCGCCCUGGGCAACUUGACCGAGCUCGACCUCUCGCAGAACAAUCUGACGCACGCCGGGAGCCCCUCGUUCGCCGGCCUCGGCCAGCUGGUGAUCCUGCACCUCGAGGAGAACGUCAUCAGCGAGCUGGCCGAGGGCGAGCUCCGAGACCUCGGCGGGCUGCAGGAGCUCUACGUGAACCACAACCAGAUCGAGAGCGUCCACCCGGGCGCCUUCCUCGGCCUCAGGAGCCUCAUCCGCCUGCACCUCAACUCCAAUCGGCUGCGCGCCAUCGACAGCCGCUGGUUCGAGUUCACGCCCAACCUGGAGAUCCUCAUGGUGGGCGCCAACCCGGUGCGUCAGGUGGAGGACAUGAACUUCAUGCCGCUCUCCAAACUCCGGAGCCUCGUGCUCGCGGGCAUGGGGCUCCGCGCCGUUCCCGAGAACGCGCUCAUGGGACUCGACAACCUGGAGAGCCUCUCGUUCUACGACAACAAGCUCGCCGCCGUGCCGCGCCUGGCGCUGCGCAAGGUGCCCAGCCUCAAGUUCCUCGACCUCAACAAGAACCCCGUCGCUGUGAUCCGCGAGGGCGACUUCCGCAGCAUGCUGCAGCUCAAGGAGCUGGGCGUCAACAACAUGAUGGAGCUGGUGGCCAUCGACCGGCACGCACUCGACGACCUGCCCCAGCUCACCAAGCUGGAGGUGACCAACAACCCGCGGCUGUCGUUUGUGCACCCCGACUCGCUGCGCGCGAUCCCGCGCCUCGAGACGCUCAUGCUCAACAACAACGACCUGAGCGCCCUGCACCGGCGCACCGUCGACGCGCUGCCCAACCUGCGGGAGGUCAACCUGCACGGCAACCCCAUCCGCUGCGACUGCAUCGUGCGCUGGAUGACGGGCAACGCGACGCGCGUGCGCUUCAUGGAGCCGCAGUCCACGCGCUGCGUCUCGCCGGCCGAGCACGAGGGCAGCCCGGUGCGCUCGGUGCCCUCCUCCGACGUCGCCGACGGCUGCCUGCCGGCCAUCGCGCACGGGGCCUUCCCGUCCGGGGCGACCGCCGACCCGGGGGCGACGCUCUCCUUCGUGUGCCGCGCCGUCGCCGAGCCGCCCGCCGACAUCUACUGGGUGACGCCGUCGGGCGACAGCGUGGCGCCGGGCGGCGCGUCCGACAAGUACCGGCUGAGCGAGGAGGGCACGCUGGAGAUCCUCGACGUGCGCUACGAGGACACGGGGCUGUACACCUGCGUGGCGCGCAACUCGGAGGGCCUCGACUCCAGGGCCGUGACGGUGCAGGUCAACGGCUCCGUGCCGCACGUGCCGGGCCGCCUGCUGUCGCUGGACGUGCUGAGCGUGGCGGCGCGCUCCGUCCUCGUCUCGUGGCGGCUGCGCCCGGGCGGCCGCGCCCCGGACCUCCGCUGGACGUCGGCGACGGUGCGCAUCGGCAGCCCGCGCGUCGCCUUCACGGCGCGCGUGCCGGUGAGCGUGCACGAGUACAACCUGACGCGCCUGCAGCCGCGCACCGAGUACGAGGUGUGCCUCGCCGUGUCGGCGGCGCCGCGCGGCUCCGGCCGCGCCGAGCGCUCCUGCGUCAACGUGACCACGCGCGCCGAGCGGCCCGGCGCGCCGGCGGGAGAGGAGGGCUACCGCGGAGGCGACGCCGUCGGGCGCGGGACGGGCGCGGCGGCGCUGGCGGUGGCGCUGGGAUCGGCGCUCGGCCUCGCCGCGCUGCUGGCGCUGCUCGCCUGCUCGGCGCUUCGAGGCCGUCGCCAGCGCUGCCACCUGCCGAGCCAUCUUGACCUGCAGCAGCAGCAGCGGCGGCGGCGACGGCGGCGGUGGCACCAGCGUCGGCGAUGCCAGCGCUACUGCGAGCGCCCGUUGAGAAAGUUCUCCGCGGGAAGCUGCUCCUCGCUGCAGGAGCUACAGCCGCCGCCGCCGCUGUGGGAGGAGGAGCGCGGCGCGGAGGGGUGGCCGGUCCCCGGGAGAGUCGGAGGUGGUGGCGGCUGCGAUUUUCGGGAAACACAACUGAACGGCAUCAAUGGGAAGAACUAA